CUCAGGGCCCAGCAGUGAUAAAAGCUGAAGAAUGACACACUUCUCUUGGAGAGGUUCACAAUCUGGUGAGCCGCCAUCAGCAGCAGUGAGCCUUCGUUCCCUUGCUGGCUGGCUCCAUCACUGGCUGAUGACGACCUUACCUAUCUUCCCUCACAGUUGGUGACUCCCAGUAUACGGUAAAAAAAAAAAAACAUUAUUUACAAGCCAAGUUCCUGGUAGGUCGACAGGAAACAACACAGAUUGCACUGUGAACUUGUGGCCAAGAUACUAUUAUCAACACUGUCAACAAUCGUCGUUCUUCUUGUACGAGUACAAUGUCAGUUUGGCUGCAGAUGAUCCUCUGUGUGGUCGUUGUGGUGGUGGUACCCGCAGCAGGAGACCCUGUUAGCCUUCCUCAGGAUGUCCACUCCAACACCAUCUUUACCUCACCUACUUCUGAACAUUUUUUAUCUUCCAACGGCCCUUCCUCAGACACAAAAACGCAUAAUACCUACUUUUCCAACUCCGACACAUACCUUCCACGCACCCACCUCAACCCCUCCUUCUCUGACACAAAUCAACAGAGCACAAUCCUUCACUCCUUUUCCGACACACACCAACACAAUAUCCAUCUUCACCAUUCUGAGAUAGACCAACAUAACAUCCACAUUCACUCAUCCUCCGACACAAAUCAGCACAGCACCUACUCAGACAGCUCAAACACGUACCGACACAGCACCCACCUUCUCGAUACUCAUAAAGACACCAUCACCUACAUGAGUGAUGACAUCCUCCAGAAUUUACCAGUAGUCGCCAUCGCUGAGAGACUCUUUGAAAAUGAUGAUGAUGAUAAUGUCAUUGUCAGGAACGUCAGGAAAAAAAACUUUGGUGUAGAACGCAACAAUAGGCGUGCCGAGGAAUUUUUUCGCUUGGUCGCAGAGGCAGAUGAGGUCGGUGAUUGGUUGGUGGUGAAAGGUGGACGUGGUCUCUCAUUGGUGGAAGUAGGUGGAGGCUCGGCGGGCAGCGAGGCCUCUGAUUGGUUCGUGGCAGUGGUGGUGGCUUGA